AUGGAGGAGAUGCGAAGUAGAGGAGUGCCUACGUGGCAAGAAGAGUUAGCAAGUCUCAUGGACGGUGGACUCCAAUACGACGACGGAUCUCCCAUCAAUCAAGAUUCCACUACACCUUUCGAGUCGUCACUGAAUGGAUCUGGAUCCGAACCGGUGGAGAGUUUGAAGGAACAAGUCACGGGGUUUAUGAAGUCAUGGGGAGAGAUGCUUUUGGAUCUCGCCGUGGGAUGCAAGGACGUUGCGCAGCAGACUCUGGUGAGUGAAGACUCUGUCGUGGUGCGUAAGCUUCGUGAACCAGCUGCUAAAGUAUCGAAGAAGCUUAGUUUUCUUAAUGAGUACUUGCCUGAGGAUCGUGAUCCUGCUCAUGCUUGGCCUGUUAUCUUCUUCGUCUUCCUUAUUGCUCUCUCAGCAUUAAGUUUUGGUUCAGACAAUGAAACAUCAGUGCCUGUUUUUAAGAAACUACGUACGCAUCCUCCUGGUGCGAGCCGUGUGGAGCUUCGUGACGGUAGAUAUUUAGCUUAUCAGGAGAUUGGUGUUUCAGCUGAGAGAGCUAGAUACUCUUUAAUCGUUCCUCAUUCUUUUAUGUCCUCUCGUCUUGCAGGUAUACCUGGAGUAAAGGAAUCGUUGCUAAAGGACUAUGGUGUGCGUCUAGUGUCAUAUGAUCUUCCAGGUUUUGGAGAGAGUGAUCCUCAUCGUGGUAGGAACCUUAGCUCAUCUGCUUCGGAUAUGAUUGACCUAGCUUCUGCUCUUGGGAUCGUUGAGAAGUUUUGGUUACUUGGGUAUUCUAGUGGCAGUAUGCAUGCUUGGGCUGCGAUGAGAUACUUUCCUGACAGAAUAGCUGGAGUUGCAAUGGUAUCUCCUAUGAUUAAUCCAUAUGAGCCAAGCAUGAGCAAGGAAGAGAUGGCGAAAACGUGGGAGCAGUGGCUAAAAAGGAGGAAGUUCAUGUACUUUUUGGCUCGUAGGUGGCCAAGUCUUCUUCCUUUCUUCUACCGUAGGUCCUUUCUCUCCGGUUAUCUCCAGCCACUGGAUCAGUUGAUGUCAAUCUCAUUAGGAGAAAAGGACGAACAUGUGAUGAGAGACCCAGUCUUUGAAGAACAUUACCAAAGGAACGUGGAAGAGUCCACACGCCAAGGAACUGCAAAACCAUUUGUGGAAGAAGCUGUUUUACAUGUAUCAAACUGGGGGUUUAAUCUACCUGACUUUAGGUUGCAGAAGAAGUGUAAAGCCAACGGGGUACUUUCUUGGCUAAUGUCAAUGUACAGUGAAGCAGAAUGUGAGCUUGUUGGGUUUGGAAAACCCAUACACAUAUGGCAGGGUAUGGAGGAUCCAGUUGCACCACCUUCAGUGACUGAUUACAUUAGCCGGGUCAUACCAGAAGCAACGGUACAUAGACUACCAAACGAAGGACACUUCUCUUACUUCUUUUUCUGUGAUGAGUGUCACAAGCAGAUAUUCUCUGCUCUAUUUGGAGAACCGCAAGGUCCAAUCGGGGUAACAGAAGAAAAAACAGAAACUCAUGAUCCUGAUCAACGGGAGACAGGUUCAGCCAACAUUAGUACUACCAAAGGGUAAGUAAACAGAGUUAUAGAACUAUAGAAACACGUUGUUCUUGAUCUUUGUUCCAUCAUGAAUAACUGUGUAAAUAACACCAAGAGGAUCUUACUUGUUUUUCUUUCUUGGUUGAAACUUUAAACUUCCAAAUUUGAUAUAAACAUAGGUUAUAAAGGACCAUACUUCAUUUAAAGAUCACAUGUAGCACUACAGAGGGUGCAAGUGAAUAACUUAUUUUUGAA